UACGAUUUUACGAAUUUACGAAUUUGUGGUAGCGCAGUUGUACCAACAUCUCAUAAGGGUCCUGAACACACUGCGGAGCCCCUGAAGCCUUCCAAUUCAAAAUGGGCAGGUCUCUCUUUCUCCCCACAAAUAUUCCUCUGAGUUUUUCUGGUAUACCCAGAUUGCGUUCCCCACCAAAUCUAUCUCACGGGUCUCUUCCUCUGAGUAUAAGAAUAAAAUUCAAACAUGGGUUUCAAAUAUUUCCAUGUUCAAAUACCAAAGAGGCGAGAACUCUCUGCACAAGGGCUGUGUUAUCUGAAAUUCCCAAUCAAAAACAGUACCCAAAGAUGGGUGCCCAAUCAACUGGACCCAUUGCACCUAGUCGGCUCAUACAAGUGGCUGAGACUGCCGCUAGCACUGGUGCUCAGGUUGUGAUGGAUGCUGUGAAUAAGCCUCAGAGUAUUACAUAUAAGGGACUAACUGACUUGGUUACUGACACGGAUAAAAUGAGUGAAGCUGCAAUUUUAGAAGUUGUGAGGAAUAACUUUGGAGACCACCUUGUCCUUGGGGAGGAGGGUGGAAUUAUACGAGAGACAUCUUCUGAUUAUCUCUGGUGCAUCGAUCCUUUAGAUGGGACAACAAAUUUUGCCCACUGUUACCCUAGCUUUGCAGUCUCUGUGGGAGUCCUGUUUCGAGGAAAACCUGCUGCUGCAUCUGUGGUAGAAUUUGUCGGUGGCCCUAUGUGUUGGAAUACGCACACAUUUUCUGCUACUGCUGGUGGAGGAGCAUUUUGUAAUGGACAAAAGGUUCAUGUCAGUCAAACCCAUCAGGUUGAGCAAUCUCUUCUUGUUACUGGUUUUGGUUAUGAACAUGAUGAUGCGUGGGCCACCAAUAUGGAGUUAUUUAAAGAAUUUACUGAUAUCAGCAGUGUACUAAUUGAUGAGAUAUAUUUUUUCCUUUUGAGUCAUGGUGUAAGAAGGCUGGGUGCAGCUGCAGUGGACAUGUGUCAUGUAGCUCUAGGAAUUGUUGAAGCAUAUUGGGAAUACCGUCUAAAGCCCUGGGAUAUGGCUGCUGGUGUUUUGGUCCCAUACGAGUGAUUAGGUUACCUUGUCGAUGGUGUGAUUACUUGGUAAGCUGCUUGGAAUGACAGUGGAAGUUGAUUAAAUACCAUGAAUCAUAGGUUCUGAGUUACCCUAUCGAUGACUUAGUUCAAUGCAUUUGAUUAUGUUGAUUUGGUUGAUUGUCCAUGGUCCGUGCAUGGGUAUCUUUUGUGCUACAAGGAUCCUAGCGAUAUUGUGUUUUAUGAUAUGAUUGAAGGAGGUUGGGAAGACGGUAUUUGCAUAAUCCUUGUGAUGUAGUGCAUUCGUGUUAUUUGCUAUUUCACAAUUGCGAGCAUCCUGAUGAGGACAUGACCAAGAGCGUUCCAAGAUGGAGUACAAAGCCAUUUCAAAUCUCUACGAGACCAAUAACGAGGGUAAGAGCGAAGAAGUUUAAAGAAGUACUAAAUGGUUUAAUAUAGGAGGUGUUCACAUCUCAAGGAAGCAUGUUUAUUACUGAAGAUGAACCAAAAUUGGUCCACAUGAUUGGAAUGGUGACGUGGCAUCCUAUGGUGACAUAACACUUUUGCCACGUGGAGGAUGAUAUGUGCCUACACGGCUUCCAACUAAGCUUGGCCGAAUUUUAUAAGUAAGAAAACAUUAAUUUUUAUUUAUGUCUUGAUUGGAUUUUGGCAUGUUGCCUAUUUACUUUCCUAAUUUUAUUAGAGUUGAAUUGGUCAAAGAAUUAAAGGCCAAUCAAAUUAGAAAACUAGGAGCCAAAUUAGAUUUCCUAAACCUAACCACCCCACAUUAGGUUUCCUAAACCUAACCACAUUAGAUUUCCUAAACCUAACCAAAUUAGGUUUCCUAAACCUAAUGUUCAUCCAUCAUUAUUUUUAACAAAUUUAGGAAAGCUUUGUAAUUUAUUUUCCCUAUUCAAAGGCAUAAAAGUCAUGAAUAAAAAUUAGAUUACAAUUUUGAUUAAAAAGUGAGAGUGAUUCUCUUGAUUCUCUAAGAAUUAUAUUGAAUUUUUCAAGUUUUGCUUAUGGAGUUCAAAUUUGACUUAUCAAUAAGUUAUUCUGCACCCUAUUGUGGCGUCUUCACCAUACCAAGGUUCUUACCUCAAAUAUAGGUAAAGGAUUGAGGUCUUCCAUUCAAAACUUGUAGUUAGACGGUCCACAUCAAUCUUUGUUACGGGUUUACAGGCAAGUCACUCUAGUUUCAUAUCAAUUUGGCAUCAGAGCUAACUUCUAGUUAUAGGUUUGAUCUAUAUAUCUUUGUUUUCAUUGUUUUUCUUUGUUCUUGAUUUUCUGCAAUUUUUAGAAUUAGGUUAGAGAUUGCAUCUUUGAUUUCUUUGGUUGUCUUAUCUGUUUGGUCACUGCGUUCUUCUUUGCAUCUUUUUUUUUUUUUGUUUGGUUCUUCUUCAUCCAUCCGAUCAUACCUUACAUAUAUUAAAAAAAAAAAAAAUUCUUUGUUCUUCUUUGCAUCUUAACCCUUGUAGUCAAUGGAUUGGUGUGUUUUCAUUGAAGUUUGGUGCGAUUGGUAUUACUAUAGUUUGAUAAAGAUUGUUAUUGUUGCUUGAACGUAAAAAAAAAAAAAAAAAAAAAAAUUCUUAUUCUUGUGGUUUGUGGCAUUGAAUUAUCGAGGUUUCAAGAGAAAUCAAAUAGUGAAAUUUUUUUGGUUGAUUUGAGAAGCACAAAAAACAAGUCAAAAUCAAUACCGAAAAUAAGGUUUGUUGAAUAUUCACAAAUUCCACUUUGUAAAUCUGAUUCCAAUUUUUUUUUAACAUUUUAGUUUCUUGUGUUUGUGCCAAAUUUCUUAUUGAAAAACAAAUCUAUCGUCGUUGCCUUUUUCUUGUUACUUUUUCUUAGCUUUUCUUUCAUAACUGUUUGAUAGGAUUAUUUAGAAUGUUACUUGCUAGUUUGAUUUAGUUUGAAAUUAGUUUACAAAGAACCAAAUAGAAUUGCUAGAGUGGUAAAAGGCAAGAGAGGUGAGAACUAUAGAGGGUAAAAGCCAAACUAUAACUAGAGUACAAACACAAGUGAAUUGAGACCUUGAAUUUGAGCGAAACACGUGAGGGAGUGUUGUGAGGUCCUUUUUACUAACAAUUUUUUGCAGGGAAAAAAAACAAGAAAAAAAAAAAAUCAUGUCACAAGACAAAAGUGAAGAAAGCAUGGAAAGAACUCCAGGUGUGGCUGAUCCAAAGUUAUACAUUCAAGCCAUGGUGGGAGAACUCCAAAGAGCAUUAGGGUUGGAAAUUGAGCAAAUCCAUGGCAGGUUGGAUAGGAUGCAAUCAUCAAUCCAAAUGCUGCAGCAACGACCACCACAAAGGUUCACUCAUGGUCAUGGAAGAGGAAGAAAUUAUCCAAGAAGGGAAGAUUUGGAACGAGUGGGAUGAUGGAAUUUGGUGUAGGUUUAUGUUGUUGUACCCUAGAUCACAAUCAUUCAAGGUGUUAGUCAAGAAUGAUUGUUGUUGGUUUUUGGUUCUUGGUUCUUGAUUUUGUUUUUUUUUUUUUUUUUAGGUUUGUUUCUGGUUUUAAUGGAGGUUUAGGGUUCUUGAGAAGGUUGUUAGCUUUUGGGAAAAAGAAGAAACAAAAAAUGUAGUAGUUGAGAGAGAGAGAGAGCCAAAAAUGUUGUUUUUCAAAAUCUGUUUUUUGAAUAUUUUCUUUUUCAAUGUUUUUCAUUACAAUUUUCAUACCAUUAAAUACAUCAAAAAGACAAUAAGGCUUGUUGUCUC